CAGGGCAGCUCGAGCCGAGAGGAGCUGCGGUGCUGAGGACUGGGCGUGUUCUGGGACAGGAGCAGUAGCCACCCUUAUUGUGAUAUGGAGAACUUGGAAGAAGAUUUGACCUGUUCUGUUUGUUAUUCGCUCUUUGACGAUCCACGAGUGCUUCCCUGCUCUCACACGUUCUGCAAAACCUGUCUGGACAACGUGCUCCAAGUCUCCACUAAUUUCUCCAUAUGGCGCCCUCUUCGCCUACCGCUUAAGUGCCCCAACUGUCGUAGCAUGGUGGAACUGCCCCCCACUGGUGUGGAAGCUCUGCCAAUCAACGUCUCUCUGCGUGCCAUUAUAGAAAAAUACCAGCGUGACAGUCAGCCUCGUGCUCCUUUAUGCCCAGAACAUCCUCGCCAGCCUCUGAAUGUCUACUGUGUUCAGGACUGCAAGCUCAUAUGUGGAUUGUGCCUUACUAUCGGGCAACAUCAGGGCCACACGAUUGAUGAUCUUCAGACUGCCUACAUUAAAGCACACAACACUCCAGCAAAACUCAUCGAGCGACUAACAGAUAAGCACUGGGAAGAAGUAUGCAGCCUGGUAGAGAAGCUAGAGCAGGAGAAAUCCCGAUAUGAAGGUCUUAUCCGUCAAGACCGUGAAGCAGUCGCACAGUUCUUUCAGGGCCUGGAGAGCCUUCUUCUGCGUAAGAAAGAUGCCUUUAUGAAAGUUUUGGACAAAGCCAAUGAGCAGCUGGCUUGUACUUACAAGCCACUUAUUGAGAAGCUGAAAGACAUGAAAGAGGAGCAGCAAGAGCUCGUCUCGCUUAUCUCAUGCAUCAGCGAAGAGGAGUCAGCCCUCGUUUUUCUUGAGAAGCUGCACCAGAUGACAGAGAGGGUUGAUGCAUUGACCCAGACUGAGCUGCCUGAAGUCCCGUCUCUCCACAUUUCACCUGACGUGGAGGAAUUUCUCAAAGAGCACUGGAAUAAUAUCAUAAUUGGAAGGCUGGAGCAUGGGCCGGUUCCAGAAAUCUCCUGCCAAGUUAAAAGACGAUCCACAAAAGAGCAGCCGUCCAAAUCGGGUCAAACACGGACAUGGUGUUCUCUGAUGUCUGGGAUCUUUCUAGUGCUGCUACUGUUUCUUUUGCUUCUGUGGUUAAGCUCGGUUGAUGAAGUAUCGCUUGGUUUCCCGAUCCUCUCACAGAUUAGUCAGGAAUUGUCGAGCCUGGCAGGUAAACUGUCCUUAACAUUCCAUGGAUCAGGGACACAUCUUUACUGUCUGGUUUAUGACCUAAGCCAAAAAUUCUGCUCCUAUAUUUCUGCUCUUGAAGAGAGCACCUAUCAACAUGUGGCCUUCUUUUUCAAAACAUUGCAGUAAUGCUGAGUAGCUGCAGACUCAUCAGUGGUAAUCUGGAAAUUAUGUGGUUUAUGUGAUUCUGUACUGUACAGCAGACAUAGAGAAAAACUUAGCUAAGAAUUAUUAUCUGAACAGACUUAAUAAUUAAUCUCAGGAAUCAGCAAUGUAGUAGCACAGAAUCCCGUACAGAGACAUACAGGAAAACAGUACACAGUAGGUGUAAGUGUAAUAGCUGUGGUGCAGCAGUCUGAGUGGUUCUGGGAGAGGAGGGCAGAUAAGGACCCACAGACUUGUGCAACAGCUACUCCUGGUGUCUGGUUGGGGAGGGAGUAGCGUAGUUCUUUGAAUCUGCCUUCAAACGUGUUGCAAGAAGACAUCUGGGUUUGAAUCUCAGUUCUGCUAUCUGGUGCCUUAACAGACACGAUUGUCCAUGUCUGAGAGAGGGCAGGCUGUUGCUGCUUUUAUUACGGUCUCUGCUGGCUGGUCGAUGGUGCCUGCAAAGAAAUGGGGAAUAAUGGAGAUCUGUGUGUGACUCUCCAUAUGCAAUACUGAUCCCUGUGUAACCAAUCAUGCGCGGAUGAAAAGAAACGGUUGGCUAGAGCACAUGUCGGGGGUGUGUGUGUGUAUCUAAUGCUGCUUAAACAGAAAUGGUUUAUUGGAAAGUUAACUAGGGGAAAAAAGAAGAUUUAUGUGUGUAUGUAAUUAAUUACAGAGCUACUGUAGAUCGUUUUUAUAAACUAGCACCAAAUCUAACAAAAAGAAGCAUUUUCACCCUUAUUGGACCAGGACAAGCAUGAGCACACAGCACAGAAGGGAAGCUCCUUCAUAAGAUGUGAAACUAGAAAGGUUUUGUAAAAGUAUGUGAUGGGAUUCUCACUGAUUUAUCAUGAUGACAGAAAAACAUCACUUCACUUUACACAGUUGGGGUCAGUGUUUAAAUAAAGGCUGGAUGGGAAGGAAAUCACCUCCUUGCUGUGUGUGGUGAAGGACUACCGGGAGCAUAUCAUGAUCAUCUUGAUCCGUGGUGGCGCACAGCUUUUUGUGUUGUACUUGUAUGUGUCGGCGGGGGUGUUGUGCGAGUUCUUAUGGGAGGUUUGUCUCCCAGUUUGGUAUAUUAAAUGGGAAAUGCAAAAAG